CUAAUAGGAAUUAGGAUUUGGAACCCUAUCGCUCAUCUCACGCCGUCUAUCUCUCAAUCUCGCUCAGUCGCUCUCAUUCUCACGAUUCUCUUGCAAUUGGUCGUCCACGCCUCCACGGUCCAUCUCCGGCGACGUCCUCCAGCUUCUCUCACGCUCCCCACCGCAUCUCUUAUCUCCGGCGAGCGGCUGCAGGCUUGCAGCUCCUAUAUUCUAUAGCCCUUCAGCUCCAGUAGACUCAAAGUAAUUAAAAUGGAAUCAGCAGCUUCUCAUUCGCAUCCACUGCCACUUACUUUUGAACCAUCAAAGCAACAAAACGCUUCAACAAAUAAUGAGGGUACUAGUAGAAAACGAUCAACAACAGAAGAUUCCUCAGAAAAACCUCCUUUAGCUCCUACAAAGAGAGGUAGAAGUCAAUAUUGGAAGCACUUCGAAAAAACAAUGAAGAAAACGAGUCAAGGAGAAAGAAAAAUAGGGAUAUGCAACUACUGCAAAUCUGAAGUAGCAACUCUUACUGGGAGUACUACUGGACUGAAGUAUCACUUGGAGAAAAAGUGUGAAUUAAGUCCAUUUUAUGCUGCGAGUGGAAAUGACAAGGGCCAAACUGUGUUGACAAAGGAGACUAUGGGAAAAGGAAGUCAGAUAGUGCCUCAUUCUUUUAAUAAAAAAAGGUGUGAGUUGAAGGUCACGGAAUAUGUUAUUACAGAUGAAGUGUCCUUUCCGGCUGUUGAGGGAAAAGGAUUCGUUGCGCUUGUCCAUGAAUUAGAACCAAGGUUUCAAAUUCCCGACCGAAAGAAGGUAGCAGGUAUGGUUUUUGAAUUGUUAGAUACGAAGAAGAGGAUUAAAAGUGUGCUCAAUGGGCAAAGAGUGAGUAUUACUACAGACACAUGGACAUCAGUUCAGAAUAUCAAUUACAUGGUCAUCAUUGCUCACUUUCUAGAUAGUGAUUGGAAAUUACAUAAGAGAAUAAUUAAUUUCACGAAAAUAACUAGUCAUGUUGGGGAAGAAAUAGGCAAGAUGAUUGAGGUUUGCUUGAGAGAAUGGGGGAUAGAAAAAAUAUUUUCCAUUGUGGUUGAUAAUGCUUUUUCGAAUGACAGUGCGAUUGAUUAGUUGAAGAAAAGAUUGCAUAUUGAAAACACAUUGCAAUUUGAUGGAAAGUAUUUGCAUUUGAGAUGUGCUUGUCAUAUACUAACUUGAUUGUCAAGGAUGGAAUAAAGGAGCUUAAUUAUGCAAUUAAGUAUAUAAGAAAUGUUGUUGUGUUUAUUCAUUCUUCCUCUUCUAGAUUGAGUAAAUUUAGAGAGUAUGCGGUACUAGCUAAGUUUUCUUGUAUGUCAAAGGUGCCCAUGGAUGUGAAAAUGAGGUGGAAUUCAACAUAUAAAAUGCUUGAUGUUGCAUUGAAAUAUAGAGGGGUGUUUGAAAGAAUGGUUGGCGAAUGGAUUCCUUUCAUGAGAUACUUUGAUGAAAAGGAUGACAAGGGUAAACAAAGAAUGAGACCUCCACUUAAAGAGGAUUGGGAUAAUGCAAAAGCAUUUGUUCAUUUUCUCAAGAAUUUUUAUGAUGUCACUUUAGAGUUAAGUGCAUCAAAAACUCCUACAUCCCAAAUGAUUUCUGUGUCUAUGUUUGCUCUACAAAUCGAGAUUGAAAAAAAAUGUGAUGAUUCGGAUCCGAUUAUGUCAGAGGUAGCAAAAGCAAUGAAGGUGAAAUUUGACAAGUACUGGGGUGAUUGGAAUAAAAUGAAUCCAGUAAUUUUUAUUGCCAAUGUUUUGGACCCGAGGAACAAGUUGAAAAUGCUUCAAGUUAGUGUGAAGAAAUUGAAGAGAUUUGGAGAUUCUAACCAAGAGGUUCGAGAGUUGUGUGACCGAUUUAAAAAUGACUUGGUGACUUUGUGGGCUGAGUAUAAGGGAGUGAGUGAUACAUUGGUUACUCAGAAACCACUUCUAGAAAAUAGUGGUGAUGGAGAUGAUACUGGUCUAGGUGGUUCGGGUCUUUUUGAUGAAUUGUAUAAUGGAGUUCAAGAAGAAGUUUCUCAAGACCAACUAAAUCAAAUAUCUAAUGAAGUGGAUAAGUACUUAGCCGAUGAGAUGGAGAAGCGAUCUAAUCCCUAUUUUGAUCUUUUAUAAUGGUGGAAAGGAAGUGGAACAAGGUAUCCAAUCCUUUCGCUCAUUGCAAAAGAUAUCUUUGCAAUUCCAAGCUCAACCGUAGCUAGUAAAUCUGCUUUUAGCUUGGGCAAAAGAGUUGUAGAUCCUUUUAGGACUAGUUUGAGUCCAAAAAUGGUUGAGGCAUUGGUGUGCACCAAUGAUUGGCUCAAAGCGGAUAAUUUUAGCUUAUACAAGGAUCCGACCGAUGAUGACCUUGCUUUUUAUCAAGAAAUUGAAGAAAUUGAAAAAAGCUCAAGUCACUCAACCAUUACUCAAGAGACUCGAGAUGGUUCUCCAAAUUUAUCUUCUACUAGUUGAUCCACCAAAUGAUGAGGUAUUAGUCUUAAAUUUGGUUGCUAUCGGAUAUGUGGUAGCCAUUACUCAAGCGGAUAAUUUUAGCUUAUACAAGGAUCCGACCGAUGAUGACCUUGCUUUUUAUCAAGAAAUUGAAGAAAUUGAAAAAAGCUCAAGUCACUCAACCAUUACUCAAGAGACUCGAGAUGGUUCUCCAAAUUUAUCUUCUACUAGUUGAUCCACCAAAUGAUGAGGUUAAUAUUUCUAGAUGAUUUCGACAAGAUGAAGGGUUUGGUUUUCAAGAAUCAAGAUCAAGACAACUACUAGUUUUUGCUAAUUAUUGUGAUGGAGUUUGUUCAAACUUUAUGGUGUGUUUUUUUGUACUUGGUUGUGUUGUAUUUUGAUUAUGGAGAUAAGAACACUAUUAAUUUUAUUUUGUUGAAGUUUUAUUAA